GCCCUUUGUCGGUGUUGUAACUCAUGACUACGCGCAUUACGCAGUUAUAACGACCCGAGUUUAUGGAGAUUUAAAGACAUACGCGGUAAACACAACAGUUUCACGACUUUACUGGAAACUCGGUAUUUUUGCAUUUUCGCAUUUAAACACACGGUCUGUGUCGCGCGCACGCACACCCGCGCACGAGCAAAGAGUGCGCACGGUUUGACGGGGCCGUGCUGUCCCGUCACUGACCACCAGAUGUAGCCCCGACCAAACAAAACGAAGUAGAAAGUAACAUCUAAAUUUGUUUGUACUGUAGCAACGCAAUACAAUACAUAAUAGUGUGAGAUAAAAGUAAAAGUACUCUAAGUAGCAUGUAGUUAUUUUUGCUUCUAGCGUACAAGACAGUAGCCUUAAGAGUGAGCUAAGAUGCUACUUGCUAAUUAUAAAGAUAACAGAUGAUUAGCAUGUACGUACAUUAGUGUGUGUUUCCGAAUAUACACCGAGUUAAUUUCGCCUUGUUAGUAACAGACAAUCGAGCGAGUAUGGCUCGUUUGGGAGUUAAGGUAUCCCAGUGGGAGGGAUUCACUUUAGAGGCGUGCGGAGCUCAGAGGCUGAACUCUCCCCGAGUGCAGACUCAGAGACGGGACCGCAUCCCUGUCUCACGCACCUGAUGAGCAUCCUCCAAACGUGUCGACCGAGGGCCGUGUUUUGCCAGAGAGAACCUUUUAUCGAAGCCAUAUAGAAGGAAACUCUUGGACAUAUUGGAUCUGGGACACUGGACAGUCAGAGAUGAUGCUGCUCUUUGGACGCAGAUGUUUGCUCCUGCUUUGUUUGACAGUUGUCCAGAGUGGCCAUGCCGCCGUUCAGACAUGCAUGGAUAAGCACCAGGUGGUCAGCGUGCUUCGUCAAAUGGAGAAGUUUCUGAAAGGCCAAGAGAUGCGAUUCACAGAGGGCCUCAGGAUCAUGAAGUCCAAACUGGCAACGCUUCAGAACUCUGUGUCAAAGUUACCUCAGGCAGACCAGUCAGAUGCUCCAACCACCUGCCCCGCCCUGGAAGCCCCCGCUCACGGAACCAAGUUUGGCUCAAAAUAUUUUGUUGGACAUGAGGUCCAUUUCACUUGCUCCCUGGGCCACCAGCUAGUUGGCUCUGCCUCGCGUGUUUGCCAGGACAAUGGCACCUGGACUGGUGUCAGUGCCACCUGUAAAGAUAUAAGCGAGUGUGCAAGUAAUCCCUGCCAGAACGGAGGCACGUGUACGGAAGGUGUCAACCAGUACAAGUGCACCUGCCCUCAGAACUGGAGUGGCUCUCACUGCCAGCACCAAACCCAGACAGCACCACCCGAGUGGAGCGUGAUGAACGACCCAGCGUUCAGUCGGACACCUCGCUGUGCCCAAGUGAACCAGGCCCAGCACUGCAGCUGUGACGCAGGCUUCCACAUGAGUGGCACUUCUGACAACAGCAUCUGUCAGGAUGUGAACGAGUGUGAAGUGUACCGCCUGGACCAGGGAGGGAAGCUGUGCGUCCACGAGUGUGUGAACGUCCCCGGCUCGUACCACUGCUCCUGCCCCAGCGGGUACAAGCUGCUGCAUGAUGGGCGGAGCUGCGAGGAUGUGGACGAGUGUCUAAGCCAACAGCACAACUGCAGUCAAGGGACAACUUGUAUCAACACAGGGGGAGCUUUUCAUUGUGUCAACCCAGAGUGUCCGCGCUCUCAUGGCAACGUCAGUUAUGUGAAGACGUCGCCUUUUCAGUGUGAGAGAAACCCCUGCCCCAUGAACAGCCGAUCCUGCCACCUGGCCCCUAAGACCAUGUCCUUCCACUACCUGUCGCUGCCCUCCAACCUGAAGACCCCCGCCACACUCUUCCGCAUGGCGACCGCCACGGCCCCCGGGCGCACCGGGCCGGACAGCCUGCGCUUCGGCAUCGUGGGCGGAAACUCGCGCGGCAUCUUCGUCAUGCAGCGCUCGGACAGGCAGACCGGGGAGCUGAUACUGGUCCAGCAGCUACGCGGGCCACAGGAGACCAGCGUUGACGUGGACAUGUCUGAGUACAGCGACCGCACCUUUCAGGCCAAGCAUGUGGCGCGGGUCCAUGUCAUGGUAUCACCUUACAACUUCUGAGAGCGGACUUGCGAAGAGGGACAAGGUGGAAAGAACAUCCCCAGUCAGAAAUGUAUGUAUCUGAGUAGCCAAUAACAGGCCAGAGAUUGUUCAUUUGACCAAACACUUACAUUAAGCAGUUAGAAUAUAAUUAGGACUCUAUAUGACAGAAGUUUAUCAUACAUGCCUCUUAUGUAGUGUUGGAAUGUGCUAUGACUGAGUCUAAAUGCAUGACACUACGUAAUAAACAGGCUGGGAGGGGUAAACAGGAGUUUUUUAAUAUCCCUGUUGCUUUUCAUGUUUAACAUACAGAAGUAGAAGAGUGUAUGAAGUUCAGGUUGUCGUCCUGAGACUGGUACACUGUCAUUGCUUUACUAUAGGACAUCAGUGCUCCCAUGGCUCUAAUUUAUUGGAAAUACCUGGUUGUUACCAUGUUUAUCUCCCAUCAUAUACUGUAUAUUUGCUUGUUGUUACUAGUUACAAGGUCCUGUCCAUUAUACCGAAGGAGUUUUAUUUAAAAGGAGAUGCGGCACAGUACUUAGGCAUAUUUUUACUUGUAUUCUGCACGUUGCCCAGAUAUAUCUCAUUAUGCUCUAAAUCAAAGAUUGCAGUGCACUAAACAUUCAUCUGGAGGCUUAAUUGUCUACAUGACUGAAAUAAAGUCAGUUCAACAUUUCA